UGGUGUUGGCUUGAACUGUAAGAGUAGUGCACACCAUAAUACGCAAAUAGCAAUCAAGUAAAAACGUCUGAGCCGAUUUAAAGAACGGGUAAAUUUAACACAAAUAUUCUUAAUGUCUUGGGUUAACACAUAUAAUAUUAACACCUAGGUUAGUUUGUGUCAUGAUAAAUGGAAUCACUUGACCCAUACUGUACCUGUCAUAUAGGUACUUUAUUAAAGUGAACGCGGGCGAAGUCGCGGCGCACCUCUCGUGAACGAUAUAGUAUGUACUUCAAAUACGAUUUGACCUCAAGGGUAUCUGCUGUUUUUUCUAAACAUCUUUUAUGUUUCUUAAAUAAAGAUCGGACAAACACAGAAGUCUCAGUCGUGCUCUGUUGCUCGAAACGAUUCCAAGAUGAGGGUGCUGUUAAUUUGCCUGGCGGGCUUACUGGUUUGCCUGAAGACGGCUGAUUCUCACUCAUUGCCGCAAAAGGACUACGACACCAGCGGAAAUAAUAGCAGCUCGGAUCCCGACAACUCCAGCGGAUUGUUCGAUUUUGGCCCCACAACGUUCUUCGUGCGCCAUGUAUUUAGGGAUGACAAUAAAGUGGACAAAAGUAUAUACGCCCACAAGAACGGUAAAGCGAAGAAAGUUUUAGAAGACGGCAUGGCCAUCUUUGUUGAGUUUCCGAAGCCGCGCGCCUAUUUGGGCAAUAAGGACGGUAUCUACGUUUACGACACAGAAAUAGAGAAGCUUGAGAAGUACGGCAAUCUGAGUGACAACGUCAUCGGGAUCGCAAAAGAGAACCGCAGUGACGACCUGUACAUACUGACGGAAGACCACGUCGUCUACAAGGUCAUCGAGGAAGGCACUAAGAAAAUCAAGGUCAACGAAGUUGAGCAUGCUGAGAAAAUAGCGCUGGACUGGGAUGAAAACUUGUACUACAUCGGAGCGAAUAAUCAACCGUAUGUUGUCGCUUCGGACGGUGCGAAGAAGAUCGAAGGUCUUCCAGCUAACCCAACCCUAACGUUAAUCUCUAGGCCUCCGAUCAAGAUAAAACACGGAGCGUGGUUUAUGUCCGAAAAACAGCCCUACAUUAUUUAUCCCAACGCGACCAGCGAACCGUACGUGUUCAACGACCAAGAGAAGUUGGAAUAUGAGAAAAGAAUUCGUGAUCUCGAUGCUAUUUUCUUACAGAUGAGGAACGAAACAGAGGAAUAAAUAAUAAUCUUCGGAUUUCACGUGUUGUAGAGAAAAUUAAAAUGACUUUUACAGACUGACCGUGUCGGACGCAGUCCGCCAUGACCACGAAAACUGUAAAGAAUUCGAAAAAUUGGGAAUUUAAUAAUAACAAUAACGAACUCGGGGUUAAGCUGUAAAAGUAAUUUUAAUUGUAAAAAUAACGUGUUUUUGAUUGAAAUGAACGAAUCUUGUUGAA